AUGAGAAGAAUUCAAACUGUCAAACCUGCAAUGAAGCCUGCACAAAAACACAGAUGCUCAGACAACUCAACAAGCUGCCACUUCCAUUUGCAAUUUCUUUCCACUCAAUUAGGUCUUAUAUUACAACAUCAACUUCAGAAUACUCACACAACAACUUGGCUGUAGAGAAUGAAGAACGAACUUACUCUCACAUGCUACAGAAAUGCGUCGAAACUUCUGACUUACACAGCGGAAAAUCAGUACAAGCCAAGUUGAUCAAAGAAGCCCUUCUUCAUUCCCUAUAUCUCCAGAACCAUCUUCUUAAUAUGUACGUGAAAUGUGGUGAUCUUGUGAAUGGUGUCCAACUGUUCGACGAAAUGCCCCAAAGGAACGUAGUGUCGUGGACAGCCCUCAUUGCAGGCUUUGUUCAAAUGGGUUUUCCCGUUGAAGCUCUUUCUCUCUUCUACCGCAUGCACCAGACUGGAGUGAAGCCCAACGAGUUCACCUUCGUUAGCGCUCUCCAGGCUUGCUCUUUGUCCGAUAACAUUACCUCUGCAUACCAAAUCUACGCUUUGAUUGUUCAACUUGGAUUUGAAUCUAAUAUCUUCUUAGUCAAUGCAUUUUUAACGGCGCUAAUACGGCAUUGUAAAUUGGAUGAAGCUUUGGAGAUUUUUGAGAAGUGUUUGAAUAAAGAUACUGUGUCAUGGAAUGCGAUGAUGGCAGGGUACUUGCAGUUUUCUUAUUCAGAUGUACCGGGAUUUUGGUGUAGGAUGAUCUGUGAAGGUAUGAAACCAGAUGGUUUUACUUUUGCUAGUGUUCUCACUGGGUUGGCAGAGCUUAAUUAUCUAAAACUGGGCAUGCAAGUUCAUUCACGACUUGUGAAGUCUGGGUAUGGAAGUGAGAUGUGUGUGGGGAAUUCUUUGGUCGAUAUGUACUUGAAAAAUCAGAACCUAAUUGAUGGUUUCAAAGCAUUUCAGGAAAUUCCUUCGAAAGAUGUGCCCUCAUGGACUCAGAUGGCUGUAGGGUGUCUGAAUUGUGGGGAACCAAGUAAGGCACUUUGGGUCAUAGGAGAAAUGAGGAGGAUUGGUGUCAAGCCAAACAAAUUUACCCUUGCAACUUCCCUAAAUGCUUGUGCCAAUUUGGCGUCAUUGGAGGAAGGACAGAAGUUUCACAGCUUAAGAAUUAAACUGGAGAAUGAUGUCGAUGUCUGUGUGGACAAUGCUCUGCUCGAUAUGUAUGCCAAAUGUGGAUGCGUGGACAGUGCCUUGGGGGUUUUCCAGUCAAUGGAUGAUCGUUCUGUUGUUUCAUGGACAACAAUGAUAUUAGCUUAUGCACAAAAUGGAAAUGCCGGAAAAGCUCUUGAGAUUUUCAAUGAGAUGAAGCAGGAGGGAGAGCAGCCUAAUGAUAUCACCUUCGUAUGCGUACUUUAUGCAUGUAGCCAAGGAGGGUUCAUAGAUGAAGGUAGGAAAUAUUUCUCCUCUAUGACCUCUGACCAUGGAGUCUUCCCAGGAGAAGAUCAUUAUGCAUGCAUGGUAAAUCUCCUUGGCCGAGCUGGAUAUAUUAAAGAGGCUGAGGAAUUAAUACUUGGAAUGCCAUUUCAACCAGGGGUACUAGUUUGGCAGACUUUGCUUGGUGCAUGUCAGCUUCAUGGGAUCAUGGAAACUGCAAAACGUGCAGCAGAGAACGCAUUACUUCUAGACAAAGAAGAUCCUUCGACUUAUUUAUUGUUAUCUAACAUGUUUGCUAGUUCGAGCAAUUGGGAUGGUGUGAGGAUGUUAAGAAAACUAAUGGAGAAUGGGGAUGUAAAGAAAAUGUCUGGUUCGAGUUGGAUUGAAGUAAAUGGAGAUCACUCACUCCAGGCACAUAGAAAAUUCACAUAAAUGAAAUCUGGUAUGCACACAACUUACAUGAGUUUUGGUGCAUUCUUGGAGUGCUUGAUUUCAUUUUGUAUCACAAAAUUGUCAGUUUAGGAUAUGAUCUUUGUUGUA